GGACACGAAGAAGAAGAGGAGGACGAGGACAGAGCAGAAAACCAGGACGAGACGGACUACAAAGACUUGAGCGACGAGGACUUCGAGAAGUACGUUGACGAGGUCAUGCAAUAUAUUGACGAUGACAAGGACGACGCAAUUCACUCCGACGGGGAGGAUGCGGGGGACAAGGAUCAAGAUGACAAGGCUUGUACCUUCAACGUGACUUCGGCGCGAGUGGCAGACUGGCUCUCAGCUUCCAGUGGAGCUCCGAACUCAGCGUGCCAGGACUUCGGUCCGAGAUUCGGAAGCUGGGGCAGGCGUGGCUGUCCCAAAUCCCUGGCCGAGAUCGUCCACGAUGUUCAGUCGGGUACAUCCGAAGCGGAGGGCGGGAAGAGUGGAACAAAGCCACUGAUCUCGGCGAGAUUCGUAGUAAAAGUCAUCGACAAGACAGAGCACAAGCAGCUAGGCCGUUUGCUGCAGAAACUUCGGGGCUCCAGGCGCGACACAUUUCUUGUGCCAACAUGCCGAAGCCUGGUGUUUAAUGUGGAUGGAACGAAGCAUUAUCUGCAAGUCGCGCUUAACAUGAGAUUGCAAGGCGCAGAGGAGGAGCCCUGGCAGAAGCUCUUUGACUUGAAGGGCAACUGGGCCUACUUCAACCGGCUGGCCUCCGACGAGGAACAGGACAGCCCGAAGAAAGCAUUAGUUGAGGACAUCAAGACCACCAUGUGUCAGGAACUCGAAGCAUCAGAUUCAGUAGAGGUUAGCUUUGUUCUGAAGUGGUCGAAAGAUGUCCAGGUCUGGAAGGAUCGUGAUAAAGGUCGCGAUCUCUUUGCAAAGACACUUCGCGACGACUCCAAGCUGCUUGCAGGUCUAGGUCUAAUGGAUUAUUCGCUGAUGUUGCAUGUGGCAGAAUUCAAGGGGUACGCCAACCUCCAGCUCCUGAACUUGGAGAAGCCAUGGGCCUUUGCCAUGCCGAAUACAGCAAGCAUGCAAAGGGGCGAUACCCUCUACGUGCUUAGUUUCGGCAUCAUUGACCUCCUUAUGCAUGAGGAGGAGAACCGAGGGAUGCUGAACAAGCUCAUGUCUGGAAUUACCUUAUCACAGUGCCAAGUCAGCGACCUCGACCCGAUCCCCGCGAGAGCCUACUGGAUACGAUUUAUCAGAAUGCUUGGCCUUCGACUCAGGUACGGUCCGCGCUGCACAAGCUGUUUGAGGGAGAAGAGACGCAGAGGAUUCACCUACUUCCCGAACAAGUGGGGCUAUGAGAAGUCGAAGGAAUAUAAGGAAUCCUGCAAGAUUGCGGCUUGA